AUGCAAAUUGGAGAAACUCUGAACAAGAUUGUGGGUCGUAUCUCAAAGACCAGCGAGGCCAUCAGUGGAAUCCCAGGCUCGACGGUCGACCACCAAGGUCAGCUUGGUCCUAACAUUAUCGAAGAUAACGUUGCGUUCUUUGAUGUUGAAGAUGGCAAGCACAAAGCCACGAUCCCGGUAUCAGACAUCACCUUCAAAGAUGCAGUCAAGCCUCUCAAAUCUGGUGGGGUGUCCUUCGGUGAUGCCUUCUACUCUUUCUGCAUCAACUAUCCUGGUGCCAUCACCAAUAACAACUAUGCCAACUUGAUGAGGAACUUUCCCACUCCGGAUGGUCAAGUUCGUGAUUUGGCUACAAUCGACAUUCUCCGCGAUCGCGAACGAGGAGUGCCACGAUACUGCCAGUUCCGAAGACUUCUCCGCAUGUCCGUUCCUAAGACAUUCGAGGAGCUGACUGGCGGUGACAAGAAGCUCGCAGCGAGACUUAGCGAAGUCUACAGCGGCGACAUCGAGACCGUAGACGCACUCGUGGGCUCUCACAGUGAACAGGUCAUCAAGGGUUUCGGUUUUAGCGAGACUGCAUUCCGCAUCUUCAUCCUCAUGGCCAGCCGAAGACUCAAGAGCGACCGAUUCAUAGCCGGACAGUGGAAUGCUGAUAUGUAUACCAAGGAAGGCUUCGAUUGGGUCCAAAAUACUGGUAUGAAGGAUGUGCUGAAAAGACACUUCCCAGAGCUGGCUGCAGUCAUACCGAAGAAGACAAAUGUGUUUGCACCUUGGGUGAAGUUGCCUGGGUCGAGAGCUUACACUGGGGUCGAGACAAAUGCUCCCAAGGCAUGA